AUGGAAAAAGAACAGCAACAGCAAUUGACAACUACAAUUUCUACUGAAUCAGGAUUAAAAGAUCCGAUGACAACAGCAUCGAACUCACCCGAAACCAAAUUACAAAUCGAGCCCGUACAAGCAGCUAGUGAAUCUGUUAUUAAUACAAACGAUUUGCAAUUGACGAUCGAUAAUGGCGAUACAAAAUCAAAUUCAAGUGGAUCGUGGUCUCGAUCAGAAUCAAUUUCUUCAUCGUUUACGACGAUUUCUACCCCGACGAGUGAUGAAUUUCAUGAUAAUAUUAUAUUAAUUUUUCUUUUUAAAGAUGAAUCACUUUAUCCUUUAACAUUACCACAUGAACAACAACAAAUAAAAUGUCCUAUAAAACAUUAUCAACAUUUUAGUGAACUUGAUUCUUGUAUUGAUUAUAUUCGAAUGUCACCAAAAAAAGAUCGAAUUUUCGUUAUUACUCUAUCCGAAGAAGAAGGUCAAAAAAUAAUUGAAACUUGUAAUCAAUGUUCAUGGCUGAAAGGUAUCUAUAUUCAUGAACAAACAUUUUCAAAUUCAUUAACACCUAAUACAAGAAUACAUUGUUUUGAUGAUUGGUCUAUUUUAAUGCAAGAAUUAACUGUGGAUAUGCUACCAUGGCGUCGGCAGUCAUUAGCAUUUCGUUUUUUCGAGCAAAAACAACGGACUAUACGAGAUGUAACAGCUGAGGCUGCUUCAUUUAUGUGGUCUUUAAUUCUAUUAAAUGUAUUAAAAGAAAUUCCAUCUUCAAAACAAACUCUAGAUGAUAUGCUUGAUAUGUGCGCUGAUUAUUACAGAGAUAAUAAUAUUCAAUUAAAAAUGAUUGAUGAAUUUCGUGUAACAUACCAGCCAUAUGAUGCAAUUCGAUGGUAUACUCGUGAUUCAUUUCUUUAUCAUCGAUUAAAUGCAGCUUUACGAACUGAAGAUAUUGAUGCACUCAUUUUAUUUCGUCCAUUUAUUGUUGAUCUAUGUACUAAAAUCGAAGAAGAGCAAUACUAUCGGCCAUUUACAACAUCAUCAAUAACUGUUUAUCAUGGACAACGAAUGACUAUUGAAGAAAUAAAAAAACUUCAAGAAAAUAUAGGUAACCUUGUUUCAACUAAUGCAUUCUGGUCAUCGUCACUUGAUUUGGAGGUAGCUACUAUCUAUGCUGGUGAGGGUCAACAUCGCGAAAAUCGUUGGAGUGUUCUUGUUCAGAUUGAUGUUAAUACUAGUCUUGAAUCGAUCGCGUUUGCCCGUAUUGAUCAAUUGAGUCUCAUGCAAGAUGAACGAGAAGUAUUAUUCAGCAUAUCAGCAGUAUUUAAAAUAAAAAAUGUCUAUAAAGAUGAGAUUAACAAUCGUUGGUGUGUUCAUCUCGAAGCUACAGAUGAAGGUCGUGACAAUUUUAUCGAAUAUGGCCGCUUACUUCGUUACGAUACUGAAGAAACCAAUAUUCAUGUCAUAUUUGGUGGUAUUAUCAUGGCAAUGGGAAAAUAUGAUAAAGCUUGUGCUUAUUUUACAAAAUUAGCUCAACGAUUGCCGGCAGAAGAUGUGGGUUUACAAGCAGCAAUUCGUCAAAAACACGGUCGAGCUCUCUUCUUUAUGGGUAAAUACAAAGAAUCAUUUGAUAUUAUUUCUGAAGGAUUAGAUUUGUAUAAGAAAUCGAAUUUAUCAUCUGACAAUCCUGGUUAUUUACGAUUAGAAUUUAAUCUGGCGAAUGUUCAUAUGUUUGCUGGUAGAUUUGAUGAUGCACUAGAACUUUAUGAAAGAGUCUUAAGCACCCAAAAGAAAAUUUUUAGACCAGAUCAUCGUCAUAUUGCAGAAUCUUUAUGUGGUAUCAGCUGGGCUUAUCAACGAAAACACAAUUAUAAAUUAGCUCUUAAAUAUUGUGAACAGGGUCUUGACAUUUUUCAGCGUACUUUACCCCAAAAUCAUCCAACUAUUUAUAAAGUACUUGCGGCUCUUGGAGGUUUACUAGAAAUGUCUGGACAAUGGGAUAUGGCAUAUGAUGAACUCAAACGGUCUCUUGACACUUGUCGACGAUUUUUACCCGAUGAUCAUCCAUAUAUUGCUGAUUUAUUACGAUAUAUUGGUGGUAUACAUGCGGAUAGAGGAGAAAUUGAUAUGGCAUUCGAUUGUUUUCAAAAGGUACUUGAAAUUCGACAGAAAAAUUUCCCUAACGGUCAUAUAAUGAUAGCUAAUGUUUUGACUGUCAUUGCUGAUUUACAUCGUCUUCGAAAAGAAUUCAACAAAGCUAUUGAACUUCAUGAACGUUCUGAUGAAAUGCGUAAACAUUUCUGGCCACCUAACAAACCAAUUCAUAAACGUCGGUUAGCACUUGUUUAUCUUGACAUGGGUAAUUCAAUUAAAGCUAUUGAACUUUUUCAACUUACAUAUGAUAUUUUAACUAAAUCCGACAAUCUUGAACCAAUAUUGAUAUGUCGAACACUUAGUUGUUUAGCAACUGCUUAUAGCCAUCAUGGAGAUCUAGAAUUAUCUUCAGAAACAUUUCAUCAAGCUUUGAUGGAACAACAAAAACUUUUUCCCGAUGGACAUCCAGAUAUUGGUAUCACCUUGCAUCAUAUGGGAUCGAACUUUUGGCGAAUGAAAAUUUAUAGACGAGCGUUAGAAUGUUAUCAAGAAAGUCUAAGUAUGUUACAACGAUUUUUACAUGAAACACAUUUUGAAAUCAAUUUGGUGAAAGAGAAAAUUCAACGCUUACAACAAGAACAUCAAAACUUCUAA